AUUGAUUUAUGAUCAUAUUUCCAUAAGAAGAAAUGAUUUUUCUGCAAAUAUUUCCAGUUUCUUUGACAUUUCCUUUCUCCUGAUUCUGCAUAGAAAUUCAGUUGAGAAGUACUCGACAGAGAUAAACAAGUUGGCUGAAGAAGUCUUUGCCCAUUUGUCAUGGCUGCUGGGGUUAGAGAGAGAGAGCCUCCAAAGGAUGCACGGGGAGAUCAGACUAGGAACAAGAAUGAACUACUACCCAAGUUGCUCCCGGCCCAAUCUUGGUGUUGGUGUUAGUCCACACUCUGAUGGUAGUUCCUUCACUUUCCUGCCUCAAGAUGAUGAGAUAACUAGCCUCCAGAUUAAGCACCACAGAAGAUGGGUCCCCGUGAAACCGAUUCCAAAUGCAAUAGUUGUAAACAUUGGUGAUGUUGUGGACAGCUGGAGCAAUGGUAUGUACAAAAGCAUAGAGCACAGAGCUGUCAUAAGUGAGAAGAAAGCAAGAAUUUCAAUCGCAACAUUUGUGCUACCAGAGGAUGAAACGACAAUUGGUCCUGUACCGAGAGGGGUUGCUUCUUGCCAGCCUAAGAUGUACAAGAAUAUCAAGUACGUCGAUUACAUCAGAUGCUCCCUUUCGAGAAAAAUGGAUGGGAAGGCAAAUAUAGAGUAUCUGAAGGUCUAAACUUCAGGAUCAUGGCUGAACACCAUAAUUCAUAUAAACACUGGCAAAUGAUUCACAUGCAUGACACGAAUUGCCAAAGCAAUCCCUUACGCAUUUGCCGUAAUUUAUGGAUCAAAUGUGAGAUUAUUUGUUUUUCCUAUCUGUUCCUUGAAGAGGGAGAUUAUUUGUCCAAUGGAGUUUCUAGAUCUACUUUUUAUCAAAUGGACUACAUGCCACUUAAUGACAUCGCCAAGCAACGAGCAAUUUAGUUUGCUAUAGAUCUACGUGCACCGCGACCACAUGGAAAGUGCAGAUCACAUUACUUGUUCCCCUAGGCCUUGAUAGUAAAGAGCUUAUUACGAACUGACUUGCAAAAGCAAGUUCGGUUUUGAUGAACUAAGGUUAAAACAGAAGCAAACAAAGAACCAGACAUCAUAGUACUCCACUCAAAACUCUAACAGAAAGAGGCCGGGUCUGCGAAAAUUGA